GGCUGGAGAACGGCCGAACGAACAAGAGGAGAGGGAGAGACUCUCGGUUGUGGACCUCGAGCCUCAAGUUAGGAAGGGGGUCAGUAGACCAUGAGAACUGGUAGAGGACGGAGAGAGCGAGCCAGAGAUUCUGCUUUUGGUUAGAUUGCCAGAGUAGAAAAGAGAGAAAGAGAGCGAGCGAGAGAGAGAGAGAGAGCGAGAGUGAGUGAAAGUGAGGCUGGCAACACUUUUGAAGGAGUGAUAAGAUCCGUGCAAUCAAUCGUGGUCAUGUUUCAUUUUUUGAGUUGAGUGCUCAGUCUGUGUCAACAGUCCUUUGUGUCCACGAGCGUGAGAGUGAGACUUGACGGUUCGAAUGAGGGUUUCAGAUUGUUCCUCGAGUGAGAAAAGAACCUGGAAGAGCCGGUAUUCAUCAAGAUGAUGUUGCCUCAGAAAUACUGUAAAUAUCUACUCGGUGGUGGUGGUGGAAGUGGGAGUAGUAGUUGUUGUUGUAGAAUUGGUAGUCGUCUUCGUCGUCAUAGUAGUGGAUCGAGGAAGUUGGAACUUGGCCUACCCGUGGGUCUGGCUAUGAUUGAUGAGAAGCCGGCAAGUUUUGGGAAUGAAAUGAUCUCACCAUGAUUAUUGGGACAUUGUCAGUGAAGAAGAGGUCCAUCCUCAUUCAUCAACUUGAUGAAAAAGUCAUCUUUGGGAGAUGAUUAAUGUUCCAAUGAUGCAUGAGGCACAGUGAAAAGAAGUCGUCCUCAGACCGAUUGCAAUAUUUGGGUGCUGUCUACUGCAGAAAUCAAUGAAGAAAAUGUCACCCCUUAGAUGCCCAAGUUAAAGCAAUUCAUUAGUCUUCCUUGAAUGAUUGUGAAUGGGUGGAUGCGUCAAUCUGAACGAUUGGGAUCCUACUCAUAGUGUUACUUAUGAAUGAUGAUGCCCCCACCCGGUUGGCAGGAUGAACCUCAUCAUGGAAAGGCAAAACCCGUUCCCCUCCAGCCGCCCAAAGGGUCGUACCCUGCCUCAACGCUUCGACGGAAGAGCCGAACGUCCGGACUUCCGUCGGCUGAGAGUGAUACCUACCCUCCUCCACCGAGGCGGUUUGCAACCCAAGCCCAUGCUCAAGAAGCUCGAGGACCACCCCCACCAGUCCCGUCCAAGCCAGUGGUUCUUCGACAAUUGUUGCAACAAGAGCAGCAGCAGCAACAACAACAUCGUCAGCAACAACAGGAACAGCCCAAGGUCCAUGGUCUGCCACACCAUAGGACGUUGCCCUGGACCCAGCACCAAGAACAACUUCGCCAUGAACUUCAAAGGGAGUUGGCUCACAGACGUCGAUCCAAGAGUGCUUCUUCGUCAGAGAGGAGGAACAGGCCUAGCUCACCUGAUGUUCCGGUGGCACGCAAGUCGGCCACGCUGAGACACCUGUCUCGUCAUGUAAGCCCGCCUCCCCCUCCUUAUCAUCCACUGCCACCAAGUCAUACCUCUAGAACACUGCCUCUGUCUCCACCUGGUCGGCCUCAAGUUCAUAUUCCCUCGACGACAGAUUGGCUUCGAGCCUUCCAGAAACAACAAAUCAAAUCUUUCGACCAAUUGAAUAGACGGCCCGAGGUGGCACCACAACUCUUACCUGCCAAAGCUCGUGCCAAAGAUUUCAUUCCUCCAAAUGUCCUCCUCUCUGCAGCCUACGGCGAUUUUCGUCAUCCUACCAGGUCCAAGGAGCCCCCUCAAGAUCCCCGAAACCUAACGGAAAAGCACCAUCACUCUGCAGUCGGAAGCAGUCCCUCUGAAGGCCUUUCUGAAGCUCUAAAGUCAAAUGAGAAACCGCCCAAAGUGUCUGUGAGAGCUAAGCAUCAUCCCGGAAGAGCAAAUCCCAACGUCGAUCCCAGUCUUCCAACCCCACCUCAACAACAUAAAAAGCGACAUUCAAUCAAAACCCAUGACACUCAGCCUAUUGAAGCCUCCCAUGGCGAUGCCUUUGACAGUGAUAAAUUCUAUGCAAAGCAACGGCAAUUGGAACAAGAUCGGUUGGAUAUUUUGGAGCGUCUGGGUCUCAAGGAAGAUGAUGUGGCUGAUCAUGGUGCAUCCCCCAGGAAAUCGAUCACACAUCGAGAGAGGAAGUCAAGGCGGGACACUGCUGUCUCUGAUAAGCUCAAGAAACAGCUUGUUGGAGGUCCUGGACCUCCAAGCACCUUUUCCACCGAGAAGCGAGAUUUGCCCAUUCUUGGAGGUCACCAUGACUCAAAACAUUCCACCCGAAAUGACAGGUUCCAUCCCAUGGACGAGCUUCGACGAACUGACUUCUUACCUGAGUCAGCAACGGCUGUGACCAUGCUUGAUGAAAUGAUCGGUCACCAUCUAAACCACAGAGAAAAGUCACAAAGUGACAGGCAAAUGACACGCCGACCCAAGACCUCAGCCUCCGACAAAAUUGAGCAACACUCCCGAGCAAAAUCAAAAGAAAAGCUUCACAAACGGGAGCGACGUCGAAGUGAAAGAGAGGUUUCUGCUGAAACUAUCAACUUGGGUGCUAAUACCAUGGCUGGAUCAACCACAACCGGUGGUCCUGCCAGCUCUGCUCCUCUUGCUGGCGCUAUUUCAGCCUCAGCCACCACUCUGGAGCCUAGAAGUGACCGCAAUAGGCAACAACCAGUUUCAUCUGAAGGCGCAAGGCGCAAAAGUAGGGGCCCCUCUGAAACUUGUCCAAGUCAAUCAAAUGAGAUAGUCAGUUCGUUGGUUACCAGCGGUCCAGCUAGUGGGACCCCUCCUCACGGUGGGACUUUCAUUGAAGGUGGAGCCGGGCAUUAUGUGAAAUUAGAGCACGAUAAAAAACCCAGAGACCAUUAUGGACAUCCCUCUUGGUUUACGGAAGAGAUAAGAAGGGAGGAAGAAAGGGUCAAAUCAGGCAUGGAUGGAACUGGGCCCAUCGGAAGCGGGCUUGAGAUGGAUGUUAAAAAGAAGGAACGGGAACUUCGGAAAAGGCAUUUAAGUGAGAAAAAGGAGAGGCUGCUUGAGCCAACACCCCCUCCUCUCUCCGUUGUCCCCGCUGUCUCUUCUGUUCCUCUUUCAACUACUUCUUACGUCUCUGGUCCUAGCCUUUCUGCUUCCCACUCGCACCAUCAAAAUCAACAGCAACAACAACAAAAGCAGCUCCAGCUUCAACACUACAGAAAUAUGGAGGAAAGACGAGAUGGGAAAACGGGUAAAGAACAAAUUCAUGUUGAUGAAAAGCAAAGACGAGGUGAGAAAUCAAGAGCACAAGAUAGCCACAGAACCCAAGACCAUCAUCGAGAGGCCCGGGAGAAAAGGGAUAAACCACUUAGGGCCCCUGAUAAUAAAGAUAGGGACCAAAUUGCAUUGGAAAUGGCUCAAAAAGACCGAUUGGAGCAAGACUUUGCACAGAAAGAACGACUUGCAAGGGAAUUAACGGCGAAAGACAAGGAAGCCAGGGAUUUGCUUGAAAGGGAACGAAAUGCUCGCGAAAUUGCCGAAAAAGAAAAAUUUGCCCGUGAAAUGGCUGAAAAAGAGAGGAAAGCCAUGGAAAUGAUUGAAAAAGAGCAGAGGGCUCGUGUGAUGGCUGACAAAGAGAGAGAACGACGGGCCUUUGCUGAAGAUGAACGGAGAGAAAAACUCCAACUUCGAUUGGAAAAGCGUUUGGAAGAAGAAAUCUUGGCCUUACAGAAGCAAAAGAAGCAAUUGGAACGCGAAGAACGUCAUGAACGUGAAAAGCGACGUCGAGAGUCUUGCUCUGGGGAUCGCAUGAGAGACAAUCGGCGACAAUCCAGGGAUCCCAGUCUGGCCCGAUCGGAAGUAGUGCGGCGAAGCUCCAGCAAACGGGACUCGUCCUCUGACAUUGUGGAUGCGGUCGAGAAGAUCCUCAUGUGGAGUACCGCCGAGACCGCACGCAAACAGCACCUGGAAGACGCCAGUCUGGUUCGAGACUUCCCAGAUGGUACGGUCCACUCCACCAGUCAUUCAUCCACCAAACGUAAAUCUAGUUGCGGACCCCUCCCUUCCCCUCCAUGUACCUGUCACAGCCCCUCCCCCACUGACAGUGGCAAUCAAGAAACCGUCUUGGAAGUCCCUGUUGCUGCACCGAGCUCCCAUACUUGGGAUCAUCGUUCCACCAAGUCAAGCACCCGAGCCUCACACAAUCUGGCUGGUUACGCUUCUCUGCCAUCCAGUGAACGCCGGAGACGUGACAGUAGCUACCAUGUGGAGGCUGAAAUCGAGCGACACCCGCUUCCACAUCACCCCCUACUAGCAGGGUAUCCUCCCAGAAGCAAGGGAAGCCGUGCCGUGAGUCCCAGUUGGGACUCCCGAAGUCGAUCCCAUUCUCACCAUACCACCUUAAUGAGAGAUUUGGGCGGCUUGCCGGCCUCGUCGGAUAUCAGCAGUUCUACUAGGCGUCACCGAUCCCGAAGAUACAGCAGCAAGAGCUACAGUUACGAAUCUGAUCUUGAUUAUGAGCGCCACCUCCCAUCUCAUGGUUCGCGGAGUUGCCGAUGCUCCAUUGAGCAUCUUGAUGUUGAGGACGAAUAUUCCAUCUACAAGCCCGUAUUCAGCGACAAAUCCCUCCGUCAAGAGUUUGGUGCCUCCGGAUGUGUGGGCUUGAACGGCAGUUCCAAAAGCUUGACCUCGACACAUCCUAUGCUGAAGGAGAGCCAUCCGGGAUCGCAAGCUCAUCACGUCAAUGGGUUCCACAAUGGCUUGGGCGGCACAAGCGCCACGACCAACGUAUUAUCGGCUAUCCUGCCCACCUUAGACCGUGCCAAGGCCAACGUAAUCAACACGCUUAGAGGGUUGCCACUUCGGCGUCAGCAUUGGUUUUUGUUGAUGUUCAUCGCCUUGUUCAUUUUCCUCGGAUUUUUAUUUGGAUUCUCAGGGAGCUCCAAGUCCACUGACGACCUGCUCAACUCGCCAGCCUUACAACAAGCAGCCAUCACCAAAUUGCUCAAAGAAGUCCCCUUAAUUGACGGACACAACGAUCUUCCAUGGAACAUUCGCAAGUUUGUUCACAACAAGCUGGACUCUGUGAAUUUUACCCACAAUCUCAAGUACGUGGAGCCAUGGGCCAAGAGCAAAUGGUCCCACACGGACAUUUCCAGACUGAUGGAGGGCCAAGUUGGAUGCCAGCUGUGGGUUGCCUAUGCCCCAUGUGGAUCCCAACACAAGGACGCGGUCCAAGUCACCUUGGAACAGAUUGAUUUGAUCAAACGCCUCGCCGACGCUUAUCCCAGUCAGCUUCAAUUAGUGAAAACCUCCAAGGAUAUCGCGGCUGUUCACGCUUCAGGUCGGAUUGGAAGUCUGAUCACGGUUGAGUCUGGUCACUCGAUCGGUACAAGUUUGGCUGUGCUUCGAAUGUUUCAUCGUCUUGGUGCUAGAUCUCUUACGCUUACUCACAACUGCCACACACCUUGGGCUGAUUGCUCCAAAGCCGAUGAACCCGAUGGAAAACCUGUUCACUAUGGCCUGACCCAGUUCGGACGGACUGUGGUCGAGGAGAUGAAUCGCCUUGGGAUGAUAAUCGACCUGUCUCAUAGUUCAAUACAAACUGCAUCAGACGCGAUAGCUGUCAGCGAUGCCCCUGUGAUAUAUUCUCAUUCAUGUGCUCAAAAACUGUGUAACUCAACCCGGAAUAUUCCUGAUAACCUCCUAAGGCUCGUGGCUGACAAAAAGGGCUUGGUAAUGGUGAACUUCUUCUCCUAUUUCCUCACGUGCAACAACCACUCCACCAUGAACGACGUCAUUGCUCACCUGAAUCAUAUUCGAAAAGUGGCUGGAAUCGACCAUGUGGGUAUUGGAGCCAGUUAUGAUGGAAUAAACUCUACUCCCGCCGGCCUUGAAGACGUCUCUCGUUAUCCUGCACUGUUUGUGAGUCUACUGGCGAGUGGAACUUGGUCUUUGGAUGACUUGAGGAAGUUGGCUGGCCUCAAUUUCCUUCGAGUUUUUCAAGAAGUUGAACGGGUGGCCUCUUCUUUUGCAGGUUAGCGUCAACUACUACAAACAGACUCCUUUGGAGGAAAUUAUCCCGGGAAAAGACUUAUUGAACACUGAAUGUAAGACCGAGAAGAAGUGAGCGAAUGGUUCUGGUCAAAAACCAUUCCUUUGAUUGGGAUCAACCACCGAACGAGAUUGGAAGGUGGAACAACUUGAAAGAAAGCCUUCCUGGUUCUCGCGAGCUGCUUGUCAACCAUUGUGUGACGUCCUUUGACGAAAAGCUAUCCCUUUCUCGACCAAGCUCUCACAAGUUUGAUGGGAUCUCAAUCCCUCAUCCAAGUGAAGUUGGUGGUGAUACAAAACAUCAGCCACACCUCGGAAAAUCUUUUCUAUUCUCCUCGCAUCACCUCCAGGAGAAACUAGAAGAAAAGUCAACUUCAGGUCGAGGCAGAGAAAUUCCAGCGGAUGAAGAAAAGGCCAAAUCAACGGAGUGAGAAUAAUACCCUACAGUUCCAUGAAGUGUUCAAAAAAAACCACACAUCCAAUUCAGCACCAAGCCCUCGGAAAAAAGAGUUAGAAGUUCAAUUGUUGGCACAAGUUCCGAAACCUCCUUUUUAGGUCACUUUUGGAUCAGGUGAUCAGGAUCUACGCUUGGAAUGCUCAGAAGAUAUGCUGGGAUGGGGGGCUCAAGAGCGAAAGAACGACCGACCGACCGACCGACCGACCGAACGAACGAACGAACAAACGAGAACUGUGGGUUUCUAAGAGUUUCCACGUGAUUUUUUUUUCUUCUGCUUCUUCCGGAGAGGGGGCGUUGCGUGCAUGCGUGUCUCUUUCUCUGUUUUUCCUCCACGAAGAAAAACUCACUUGUCGUCAAUCAUUUCUUUCAAUGGAAAACAGAGGAAAAAGUUUUUAAAUGUAGAAAAAUGAUGAAGACGUUGCCCUAGCGAGUGUAGCAAUCACCCUGUUCCUUCACCCCUUUCAUUGGAAUGAUCCUCAGUUUGAAUGGAUGGGAGAGAGAAAGAGAGGGCAGAGCGAGAUAAAUGUGUGCAGUCAAACUUUCCCACAACAACUCACACCCAUAUUCAUAUCAAUCCAGCUCGGCUAGUGUUGCUGCUGCAGCUGCAUUGUCUUCUUCCUGCUUGGUCCCUUCAAAUUUGUACGUUUCACAACCACGGCCAUAAUAAUAAUGAUAAUAAUAAUAAUAAUGAUGGGACCGUGGAACCCUUUGGCUUUGCUGCUGAGAGAGGGAUUCAAAAUAUGCAAAGUUUGGGGUUAGUCCCUUCCAAGCUCAAUUGGGCGACACAAGCACAGAUUUUUAACUGAGCCCGAAGGGCACAGUGUGUCUGAAUGAUCUCCUUUGGCCACCCUGUGCCGUCAAUGUGCUUGCGUUCUCUCCGGUUGAUCUUGGAGCCCAAGGGUCGCCUCUUUGCAGUCCUUGUGUCUACUUUAAUAAUCUUAACCAGAUCAUCCGUCCUUGACCCGUCAGUUUUGAAAUGGGUUUAUGUUUGUAAUACGUCUACUUGUAGAACUAUGUAUUUGUUAAAGUAUAGCGAUAAUGAUAAGAAACACUGAUGAUGAGAUCCUGCUCGUUGGUGUCUUUUGCAUUUUACAACACUGCCAGUUAAACUGUGAACAAUGCCAUCUUUUGAUUGUAUGUCAAUGAUAGCCCCUACACGCUUUGGGACAAGGUCACUUUACUUUCGCAAUCUUCGUCCUUUUUGCGUUGAGCAAAAAGAACGUAGAUGAGAUGGUCUUCAG